CAUCGCUCGAGCUUUGUGCACGUUUCGCGUUGUCGUGACAGCCCUGUGCAGUGUUACUGUGUCUGUGUUACGUGAUAUUUUCAUGUGCGUGUCUCCUGUGGUCACAAUAUAGGUGCAUUUAACAACGACGUCGGUGUGUGCAUGUGCGCGAGUGCGAGUGGCAUGCGGGGCGGGCUCGCGCGCCGCUAGCGCGAGCAUGCUGCGCGUGCGCGCCGCCGCGGCGCACUUCGUGCUCCUCUGCUUGACAUACGUGUCGCCUGGUUCGUGCGACGUAGCUGGUGGCGCGGGAUCGGUAAACGCGUUGCCGGCUGGCGGCGGAGCAAGACUUGCUCCGUCCUUCGACGCGGCUACUCCACGGAACGUCACUGCUCUUGUUGGCAAGUCCGCGUACCUGAGCUGCCGUGUCAGAAACCUUGGCAACAGAACGGUAUCAUGGAUACGUCACCGCGACCUGCACAUACUGACGGUGGGCGGCUACACGUACACAUCGGACCAGCGCUUCCAGGCGACGCACUCGCCGCAGACGGACGACUGGACGCUGCAGAUCAAAUGGGCGCAGCAACGGGACGCCGGCGUCUACGAGUGCCAGGUCUCCACGCAGCCGGUCCGGUCCUUCUUCGUCACGCUGCACGUUGUUGUUCCGUCAGCGCGUAUCCUCGGCGGUCCAGACCUGCACGUCGACAUCGGCUCCACCAUCAACCUAACUUGCCUCAUCCAGUUCAGCCCCGAGCCGCCCGCCUACAUCUUCUGGUACCACGAGGACGAGGUGAUAUCGUACGACUCGUCGCGCGGCGGCGUGUCGGUGGUCACGGAGAAGGGCGCCGCCACCACCUCCUACCUGCUAGUGCAGGACGCCACUCCAGCAGACUCGGGCCGGUACUCGUGCGCGCCCUCCAACGCCGAGCUCGCCUCCGUGCGUGUGCACGUACUCAACGGAGAGCGACCGGCGGCGAUGCAGACAGGCUCGGCGGGCCUCUCCAACAGCUGGCGCUGCGUAAUUGCGCUGCUGGCGGCCUGCGCUCUACACGCGCGGCUGCUGCGCGCGCAGCUCGCCAGCUGAUGCGCGCGCGCCACUCCUCGCGCUACACGGACUCUGCCAGUGCACAGUGUCGCCGCCUAGUGAAUAAUAUAUGUUAUUCUAUCCCGUACAUAAUUUUAUCCGGCGAAAACUUAGUUUUCGAUUACAUGAGAAAUAAGAUUAUUUAA